GACAACACAAAUAAGCUUUGGUAUAAAGACACUUGCCUCAAAAGAAACAUCGCCGAAUGCCUGGGACUCUGUCUCGUCGUUUUUUACUUGACUCAAAUAUUGCUAGACGAUGCCAGCCUCCUCAAUGGGCUCCAGGCCAUUGCUUCCUGGGGUGAAAUUGUCAACCAUCCGAAAGGACCCAUCCUCGGCCUCUACACCGCGACCUUGUACCUGCCAUCCAUGAUAACCGCCUACCUAGGAGAUUUCUUGUCUCGGCCCUAUGGACGACGAAUUGCCCUGGGUCUGGGAUCUCUCAUUGUCUUGGCCGGGAGUCUUGUCAACGCCCUUGCGGUGAAUCCCGGCAUGUGGGUGGCCGGUCGAGGUAUCAUCGGCGCUGGUGGUGGUAUCGCCAAAGUGGCGGCUCCGGCUCUGAUCCAAGAGAUCGCACAUCCUAGAUUACGACCGAUGAUUUCUUGCUGCUACUAUCCGUUCUUUUACUUUGGUAGUCUGUUAUCGGCACUUUUGUGCUUUGGCGGUCUCUACAUCCCAGGAAGCUGGUCGUGGAGAAUGCCAUCUAUCGUCCAGAUUUUGGGCCCAUCAAUGGUACUCAUCACACUUUUGAGUUGUCCCGAAUCUCCCAGGUGGCUUGUCUAUCGGAACAGAAUAGCCGACGCUUCUGCUGUUCUGAGCAAACACCACGCAAAUGGGGUCGACAACGACCCUCUCGUUCAGUGGGAACUCGCCGAGAUUCAGGCUUCUAUAGAAGAGGACCGCGUUGACCAUCAAGUGUCGUACCUGGACUUCUUCAAGACACCAGGUAAUCGAAAACGUCUUGCGGUCUUGUUGUCUUUGUGCGUGGGUACGAACUGGGUUAGAAAUAGUAUCGUCUCCUACUAUCUCACACCGGUGCUCAAGACAAUUGGCAUCACAUCUCCGGUGCAGAUCACGCUUCUAACCUCUGGUCUCGCCAUCUGGAACCUGUUCCUAGCGUUUGGAGCAGCAGUCAACGUUGAGCGCUUUGGUCGGCGUCCACUGUUCCUUGUGUCCAUUUUUGGCAUGCUCCUGUGUUACUGCUUCAUCAUGGGCUUUUCGGCUGGUUUCGCUUCGACUAAAAAGUCUGGUCUCGGAAUUUCUGUCAUUCCACUACUGUUUCUGUAUUACGGAUUCUAUGAUAUCGCCUGGACGCCUCUUCCAGUUCCAUAUACGACAGAAAUCCUACCUUUUAAGCUACGUACAAAAGGACUCGCCAUAUUUACAUCCUUCGGAACCAUGGCAAAUGCCUUCAAUCAGUUUGUAAAUCCAAUUGCCCUGGAUGCCAUUGCCUGGAAGUAUUAUGCUGUUUAUAUCACCAUUCUCCUGUUCUACCUCGCUUUCGCGUGGUUCAUGUACCCAGAGACCAAGAACCAUACGAUCGAAGAAGUCUCAAUUAUUUUCGACGUGCAGGAAGGAGAUCUUGAAAGCCUGAGCAACUUUGCAAAGCAAAAGACAAACCGGAGUGCUGCUCAGACAUUUGAACAUCGCGAGUAA